GGCCUGUGAACGUGAUUGGCUAAUGUGGCACUGAGGGCGUGGCCUUGGCGGAGCUCUCAGGCCUCUCCGUGUCACGUGACCCGGCCGGCUAUGGCGUCCGGCUCCAGCGGCGGCCCGCGUCAGCUGCUGCAGUUCCUGAGGCUAGUGGGGCGGCUCAAGAGAGUCCCUCGGACUGGCUGGGUGUACCGGAAUGUGGAAAAUCCAGAGAGUGUGUCGGAUCACAUGUACCGCAUGGCACUGAUGGCCAUGGUGACCAGAGAUGCCCACCUAAACAAGGAUCGAUGUAUUCGCCUGGCCCUGGUUCACGACAUGGCAGAGUGCAUCGUUGGGGACAUAGCGCCUGCUGAUAACAUCCCCAAAGAAGAAAAGCACAGACAAGAAGAGGAAGCCAUGAGACAGAUCACGCAGCUCCUGCCGGAGGACCUCAGCAGGGAGCUGUAUGGCCUGUGGGAGGAGUACGAGACCCAGUCUACCGCAGAAGCCAGGUUCGUAAAGCAGCUGGACCAGUGUGAGAUGAUCCUGCAGGCGUCUGAGUAUGAGGACCUGGAGGGUGAGCCGGGGAGGCUGCAGGACUUCUUCGACUCCACUGCAGGAAAAUUCAGUCACCCAGAAAUAGUCCAGCUCGUCUCUGAAAUUGAGGCUGAAAGAAACUCGAACAUCCCCACAGCUGCAGGGGAACCGUGUCCCUGAGCUCAGGGCGCUGUGACACACGGUUCCUUUCUGUGCCUGUGCUGUGUUGACAUCACUGUUCCCCGAGUUCGCCCAUGUGAAGUCCGCGUGUUUUCCGUUGUCUGGAUUUGUGGAAGAAAUAUGUCAUUUGGGCCCCAACAGAAGCAAGGUCCUGAACAUGGCAGGAGUGGGAGGAGGGGGGAGUGACUUCCUAUUAAAUUAAAUAAAAUGUUACAUACCUUAAA